AUGACAUUUUUUUUUAAAUAAAUUAAUAAUAUAUCUGCUGACACUCUCCCUGUAUUUUUUGUAUCACCCACAUUAGGUUGUUAUUUUGAAAUGGCUUUAUUCUAUUUACUCAAUAUCCACUCUUUAACCUGCUGCAACACUCAGCUCCAGUAUAACUCACAGCACCAAUAUGGUUCCCUUCCCCCUCCUCCUCCUGCUCUUCGUCCUCCUCAACCCAUUCGCCUCCGUUUCCGGUGUCGGAAUAAACUACGGCACCCUCGGGAGCAAUCUCCCUUCGCCCAAGAAGGUGGCUCAGCUCCUCCAAUCCACCCUCUUCGACAAAGUCAAAAUCUACGACUCUAACCCCGAAAUCCUUGAGGCCUUCUCCAACACCGGCCUCGACCUCAUCGUUGCCGUGGAAAACUCCCACGUCCCCAACAUAAGUGCUGCCUCCUCCGCCGCAGAUGAGUGGCUCACCACCCGCGUCCUCCCCUUCAUCCCUGCCACCUCCGUCGUCGCAAUCGUCAUCGGCAACGAGUAUUUGACGACGGACCCGGACCACACUGACCCGACCGCGCUCGUCCGGGCUAUGCAAAACAUGCACGCGGCCCUCAGGGACCGGGGGCUCGACCGUAAAAUCAAGGUCACCACCCCACAUAGCAUGGCGGUGCUUGCCUCCUCAUUUCCGCCCUCUACCUCCACCUUCGCCACCACCCUACUCCCGACCAUGACCGAUAUCAUCAACUUCUUGGCCAGCACCGGUGCACCCUUCAUGGUCAAUGCGUAUCCCUACUUCGCGUAUCGAGAUAACCCUAAAACCAUCGAUCUCAGGUACGCGAUGCUGGGAAACGCGACUGGAGUGCACGACCGCAAAGGAGUAGUGUACACCAACAUGCUAGACGCGCAAGUUGAUGCGAUCCGAUACGCAAUCGCAUCGCUAGGGUUUGGGAACCAGACAAUCCCCGUUACGGUGUCGGAGUCGGGGUGGCCCUCGAAGGGUGACCCCACUGACACUGUAGCAACCCCGCAGAACGCCGAGACGUAUAACACGAGGCUAAUAGAACGGGCCAAGUCCAACAAGGGGACGCCCAUGAGGCCCAAUGAGGGUGUGGAGGUGUUUGUGUUUGCUCUGUUCAAUGAGAACAAGAAAAAUGGGGGUACGAGCGAGAGGAACUUUGGGCUUUUUAAUGGGGAUGGGUCGAAGGUGUACGAUUUGGACCUGAGCUGCCAGUUUUGUAGUGGGGGAAAGUUUGGGCUGGGCCAGAAGGAGCCCGGAAACGGUGGAAUGGGUCCGUCGGUAUGGUGUUUGGCGAAGCCGCACGCGGACGAGCGCGUGAUGCAGGAGGUGCUGGACUUCUGUUGUGGGGCGGGGGGAGUGGACUGCAGGGAGAUUUACGAGAGCGGGAGCUGCUACGAGCCCAGCAAGGUUCACGCGCACGCAUCGUACGCCAUGAACGCGUACUACCACAUGCACGGGAGGAACUAUUGGAACUGCGACUUCAAGGGCACCGGCCUCGUGACCUUCACGGAUCCAAGUUAUGGGACAUGCGGGUAUCGUCGGCAGUGACUCAACUCGAGCAAGCCAGGCGAAAAAAGAGUAAAAGAGCCAACCCAUUAUUUCUAUGUGUUAGUCGAAAGCUCAAAAGAUCUCGGACAUAUUAUUUCGAAAGAGAUCGAUGAAUUAAGGACAGAUCGAAUUAAUGUGAUUAUUAUUGACAGCUCUUUUGUACCUUAUGCCUUCUUUGCUUAAUUAAUUAAUUAAUUAAUUAAUUAAUUAUGCAGUCGCUGUUCUUAAUCAGAGUCUAAGCAAAUUUAUAAAUUAACUAA